AUGAACGGAUUAUUAUACUUCAUUCAACGUUACCUACUGCUGCAGCUUCAUAGACUAAGUAAAUGGAACACAAGACUAGUACAAGUUCAACAUCCGAAAGAACUCGCUGAAAUUGGCGAUGAAAUCAAUGAUAAAUUUCCUUAUCACUUUGACAAUAUAUCAUAUUCAGAACAGUUUUACUUUGUGAAAAAUGUUACAAAACACAACCCUAGUCGGAAUUGUGCAGAUUCCAAAAUGAAAUUUAAUCCUAAGCGUGAAAAAAGGCGUUUCUUCUACUAUGCUACACCUGUAUUAAUCUUGGCCUAUUUAAUCUACUGGAGAAAAAGCUAAAUUUAUGACGUUACAAACUGAAUGAACUCCAUAGAUUUUUAUUGUUCAAAUAUGCCUUCAGAGAAUAGAUUUCCACUCUUAUCAAUAAUCAACAAAGAAACCCGAUCAGGGAUAGAAAAUAAUAAAACUUCCUUGAUUAUGGGAUUUGAAUUUUAAUGCAAAGUUUCCCCAUGGACAACAUCACAUUCGUUCUGCUAGCCUGAGAAACUGAGAAGUCCCACAUCCAUCGUUUGCAGACUUUACAGACUUCACUAUCUGGAGAGAUAAUCAAUUGAUGACAACAAAGGAACAUGGUAUUCUGGAGAAAGAAGAGUCGUCCAUCAUCAAAUGAUUACACUGAACUCCGGUUACUGUUGAAAGAAAAAACAACUUGUGAAGAACAUACAAAAGCGAAUGUAAACUCUGUGUAUA